AUGCCAGAUUAUGCUCGCCCGACCCUUAGUGCAGACUAUCGAGCUUUUGAAGAAAUAAUGCGUAUGACACCGUUAGCACAACUUGAUCCAACGGCAGAUAUACUUACUAUAAUCAAAGAAUUACGUUUAGCCUUUACAAUGGGUACGACUGUUCCUAAACCAUCACAGUGUCAACUCAAUAAAGAAGUAUUUGAGCAUGAUGGACAUUCGGUAGAUGCCUACUGGAUUGAUUAUCACCAGAACAAUUUUCAAAAAAAUUCUGAUAAAAUAGUACUCUACUUUCAUGGUGGUGGAUAUAUGUUAGGUGAUAUUCAUAGUAAGUCAUAUUUGUUAUGUUCAGACAGAAGAUCAAUCUGUUUUUUAAAUAUUUUCACAGGCUAUAGUGGGUUUGAAUGCCAUUUGUCUCGUCUAUUCAAUGUAACCAUGCUUCAUUUGGAAUAUCGGCUUUGUCCGGAACAUGCAUUGCCCGCAGCUGUUGAUGAUGCAGUUGCACUUUACAAUGCACUUCUUCACCAUAAUAUUUCAUCAUCUCAAUUACUUUUUAUGGGUGAUUCAGCUAGGGGUGGUCUUUCUUUAUUAACAGUUCAAGCUUUACUUAUUCGUCAACUUCCUCUUCCUCGUGGUGUUAUUGUUCUAUCUCCAUGGACUGAUCUUUCAGCGUCUGGGGAAAGUUAUAAACGCAAUCGUCAAAUUGAUGUAGUAUUUCGCGAUAUGAAAGAGGACGAUGGUGGUACUGUUAAACUAAUGUUAGGUCCUAAUACUUCUCAAUUAUCUGCUGAUAAUCCUAUCUUUAGUCCUUUGUUCGGUUCAUUUGAAGGAUUUCCACCAAUGUAUAUCAAUGUGGGUACAGCUGAAAUAUUAGAAGAUGAUUCAAAACGAGUUUUAAAAAAAGCACAAGAAGCAGGUGUCGAUGUAAAAUUUGAAGAAGGUUUACAUAUGAUGCAUGUUUAUCCAGUGUUUUUUGCUUAUUAUCCUGAAGCACGAAAUACACUUCAGAAUAUUAACAAAUGGAUUCAAACACUCGAAUCAAAUAUAGAAUGA